UGGCAGCACCGGCAAAAGUCUGUCCGUCAGUCAGUAUUCUUCCGUAAUCCGUCGUGGUGCGUGUCAAACGAUCCGCAAGUGUGAGCUCAAGACACCACUGAAUAGUCUUUGGUCAGAUUUUAUUUCGUGUAUAUUCGUAGUUUUUCAAGUCGAUCGGUGCGUCGCAUAAGAAACUUAACACGUUGCGAAGUUGCGGGGAACGUAGGCUGGAGAAAGACACGGGGAAAUACACGUCGCGUGCACCGCGAAAACCUCUCGUGGACGUGUUCACGGCCGCGGACGGCGAGAAGAGGAUGGCGGAGACCAACAACGACGACUGCGCAGACACCCAGUUCUUCGAGGGUGUUGAGAAGCUCCUCGAAAUCUGGUUCACCAGCUCGAAGGGUCUCCAGCAGCAUCAGGGUGAUCUGCGUCAGAUACCGCGACAAAAAUGGGAAUCCUUGCUGAAGAUAGUUCGCUGCGAGAUCAUCAGUUUUUGUCGAAGCGAUCAAGUAGACGCGUAUGUUCUGAGCGAGAGCAGCAUGUUCGUAUCCAAACGCAGACUUAUCCUGAAGACUUGCGGCACCACCACACCUCUGCAGUGUUUGGAGCCACUCCUGGAGCUCGUCGCGGAGUACACCGGUUUCGACGAUGUUGAGAGCGUUUUCUAUUCCCGAAAGAAUUACAAGAAACCAGAACUCCAGAUUUCGCCACAUCAGACAUUUGACGAAGAAGUUGCUCUCUUGGAAUCUCUUUUCCCUGACGGCAUGGCGUAUCGCAUGGGCUCACCUGAAAAGGAGUGCUGGUAUCUGUACGUGCUGAUCCGCGACAAGCCGGUACAGGAUCCACCGGAGCCAGAUCAAACUCUGGAAAUACUUAUGACUCAUUUGGAUCUAGACAUAAUGUCAAUCUUUACCAAAGAAGUCUGCUCGUCCGCCGAGGAGGCGACCAGAAAAUCAGGGAUCGAUAGGAUCAUUCCAAAUAUGCUCAUAGAUGACUUUCUAUUCGAUCCAUACGGAUAUUCUAUGAACGGGUUGUCCACAGAUGGCAGCUAUAUGACAAUCCAUAUCACACCGGAACCCGAGUUUUCGUACGUUUCGUUCGAGUGCAAUGUGUCCGAGACGUCGUACAACGAGAUAAUCCGCCGCGUGCUGAAUACCUUCAAGCCCAACAAGUUCGUUGUGACGAUCUUUGCCAACAAGCAAUCAGCGGCGGCCAAAUGUCCGCGCGAGCUUGAGAAGCGUUCGAGUUACCUGGAUCGCUCGGGCGAGUGGUUGCGCACCGACGUGCACUAUUAUCGUUUUCUGCAGUACGAUUUGACUUGCGCAUUCUUCUCUCGCUUCCCGAGCUGAGGGUUCAAGGACGCUUC